AUGAAUGAAUCGAUUCUUGCACGCUAUGCUGAAUUUUUUAAUCAGCCUUUGGUAAACUCUGAACUUUAUACUCAGGUCAAUGAGAUGUUAGACAACUCUAGGCUCAUCGCUGAGUUCUCUCAAUUCUAUAGACAACGAAUGCAUGAAAACGAAUGCACAAGCAUUACUUGCCAAUCGGUUCCUACACUGGAAGAGAUAAAAUAUAUGUUGAAGCAGGAGGAAAAGAUCCGGAUGUCCCUCAAGCAUGUACGGGAUAUCGUUCUCAGUCAUCACCAGAGUACUCUGGUAUUUGCGACCGAAGAUUGUGAGCUUAUAUAG